AUGGUAAGUUUUUGUGUCAUUCUAGAUAGAUUAUUAGCGAGUCUAGAUUUUUAUAUUGUUUUAGACAUCAAAAAGCAUAAAUUUAUAAAAUUACUUUUAAAAUCUGCAAUCGUCUCCUAAUUUCGUCGAUUUUAGCCGCAAAACGAACACAUUGAACUGCACCAGAAGCGACAUGGUAAACGUUUCAACCAUGAAGAGAAAAAGUGAGUUUUUGUUAUAUUCUACAUGUUCUUCUGUGUUUAGACGAAAGAAGUUGGCGCGUCAGCCCAAGGUGAUCUCCAAAAUGGCCAAGAAGCUGAGAGGACAGAAGGCUAAGCUCUUCAACAAAGCCAGAUACUCCGAAAAGGUGCAGAUGAGGAAGCUGAUCAAACAGCAUGAAGAAAAGAAACAGACCAGUACAGUUGACGAAGCGCCCGAUGGAGCCGUCCCUGCCUAUUUGUUGGAUCGUCAGAAGCAAGUGGCUGGUAAUGUACUCAGUAAUUCCAUCAAGCAGAAGAGAAAGGAGAAAGCUGUAAGGAUUUUAUUUGGAUUUUUGAGAUUUAGGAUGAAUAAUGUUGGAUGGUCUCGGAAAUUCGGAAAAUUUUGAUGGUUAUACUCAACCUAGAUAAAUGGGUUUUAUACCAUUCGCAAGCUGAAUAAAUGACGGUUCUUUUUAGGGUAAAUACGAAGUCCCAUUGCCCAAAGUGAAAGCCGUCAGCGACGCCGAAGCCUUCAAGGUGGUCAACACGGGAAAAUCUCGACGAAAGGGAUGGAAACGAAUGUGUACGAAGGUCACAUUUGUCGGAGAGAACUUUACCCGAAAACCCGUCAAAUUCGAACGCUUCAUCCGACCUAUGGGUCUACGUUUCAAGAAGGCGCAUGUUACCCAUCCCGAGCUGCAGACCACUUUUUGUCUUCCGAUUGUUGGCGUCAAGAAGAACCCCUCGUCUCAGAUGUACACCUCAUUGGGUGUCAUCACCAAAGGUACGAUUCUGGAGGUCAACACGUCCGAAUUGGGAAUGGUUACGCAGGGCGGAAAAGUUGUUUGGGCCAAGUAUGCUCAAGUCACGAAUAACCCCGAAAAUGAUGGAUGUAUAAAUGCCGUUCUUCUGGUUUAA